AUAACUUCGUUAAUAAAAAGAGUUGAGCCGGUCAGCGACUUAUUAUAAAUAAUUAAAGAGUUGUGUGAAGUUAUUGGAAAAAGUUUGAUCAUUUUUGAAAUACUUAAACAAAAUGGCAAAUGUUAAAGAAGUUGGAGGCUACAAAUUAGGCAACCUAAUAAUAGAAGGAAAAACCAAGCAAGUCUUCGACGUCCCCUCAGUCAACGGCCAUUGCAUUCUACUGAGCAAGGACAGAAUAACCGCAGGAGACGGGGCCAAGGCGCACGAUCUCGUCGGAAAAUCCGUUAUAUCGAACAAAACUAAUGGAAAAGUAUUCGAAAUUUUAAACAGCGUCGGUUUAAAAACGGCGUUCGUGAAAUCGGUGGCCGACAACGCGUUUUUGUCGAAAAAAUGCGAGAUGAUCCCCAUUGAAUGGGUGACCCGUCGCUUGGCCACCGGCUCGUUCCUGCGCCGCAAUCCGGGCGUCAAAGAGGGCUACCGCUUCAGCCCGCCCAAGCACGAGACCUUCUUCAAAGACGACGCCAACCACGACCCCCAGUGGUCCGAGGAGCAGAUUAUCUCAGCCGAGUUCAAAGUCAACGGUGUGGUAAUAGGGAAAUACGAGGUAGAAUGGAUGACGAAAACGUCUAUAUUGGUAUUCGAAGUAUUAGAGAAAGUAUGGCAAACGAGAAAUUGCGCUCUGAUAGACAUGAAAAUCGAAUUUGGAGUCGAUAGUACAGGCGAGCUCAUGGUGGCCGACGUGAUCGAUUCGGACUCGUGGCGUCUGUGGCCCUCCGGCGACAAGCGCCUCAUGGUCGACAAGCAAGUCUACAGGAACCUGUCCCAAGUCACCGACAAAGAUUUGGACGCGGUGAAGAGGAAUUUCGAGUGGGUGGUCGACCAAUUGGACCAUCUCAUCCCACCGAACAACCACCUCGUGGUCAUCGUGAUCGCCAGCAUGGGCGACAAGGAUCACGCGGCGAAAAUCCAAAAGUACUGCGCCGAACUCGGCUUGAUCACCGAGAUCAGGGUCACAUCCGCGCACAAAACCACCGAAUCCACGCUGGAUAUCGUCAGCCAUUACGAAGGGCUCGGCGUGCCUUUGGUGUUCAUCGCCGUGGCCGGUAGAUCGAACGGGUUGGGUCCGGUGAUCUCCGGCAACACGGAUUAUCCGGUUAUUAACUGUCCGCCCGGUUCGAGGGACGAUUUGUCCAGGGACAUUUGGUCGAGCGUUAACGUGCCUUCUGGAUUGGGUUGCACUACUGUCAUAUACCCCGAAAGCGCUGCAUUGGCUGCUGCUCAAAGUAUCGCCAUGCACAAUUACAUCGUGUGGAGCAAGCUCCGUCUCAGGAGGCUGGGAUUCUUCGAGGUUUUGGGCAAAGCCGAUAAAACCAUGAGGAAUUGAUGAAUUGUUUGUUAUCUACAAAUUAUGUUUAUUUACAUUUAUAAUAUAAAAAUU